GAUACCCUUUCCCCUUUCCCUCUCUCGGAGCGAGAUUUCCUUAUAACGCGUAAUGUUUUUACGUUUUUAAAUUCAGUGCCUUUAUGUCGUUGUUUCCUUAGUUUUUUUAGUUAUAUUCCGCGUGUAAGUGGCAUGAUGUUCACGUCCACCGGUUCGUGGGGAUUAUAUAAAGCACCCCUGUCGAAGAGCUUACUGCUGCUUCCCACAGUCCUCACUGUGCUGCUGACUGUGCUUCUGCCUCAGUACCAGGAUCUGUUCAUAUACAACCUCCAGGCCAUCAGGCAAGGCAAACAGUUCUGGAGGCUGGUGAGUGGACGACUUAUCUGUCUGGACCUGAAAGACACUUUCUGCAGCAGUCUGCUUAUUUACAAUUUCCGCAUAUUUGAAAGAAGGUUUGGCAGCCACAAAUUUGCUUCUUUCCUCUUUGGAGCUUGGGUUCUUUCUGCUUUUGUGGACUUGCUGCUGACAGAAGCUCUUCGCUUCACGUUUGAACUUGAGGUGGAUGUUCUUCCAGCUGGACUGCUGGGUCCAGUCUUUGCUCUGUUUGUGCCUUUCUACAGCUCUAUCCCACGAGUUCAUGUCACUCAGCUGCUCGGACACUUCUCAAUCACAAACAAGUCUCUGACAUACAUCGUGGGUGCACAGCUCUUGACCUCAAGUGCCUACAUGUGGGUCGUUGCUUGUAGUGGACUGAUCGCAGGCAUGUUGUAUUACAGUAAUAAGUUGGCAGUCCAGAAGUUCUUGCGUGUACCUGGAUGGGCAGCUAGAUGUGGUUCACUAAUUCUGGAGCCAAUCUUCUCCGAUUCUGAGCCCACGGCAGAGACCCCGCUGGGGAUGGGGGCUACUUUAGACAUCCAGAGACAGCAGAGGAUGGAUAUGCUGGACCAGCAACUGCUCCUUUCUCAGCUGGCACACUUCAGGAGAAAUGCACAGCAAGAGCAGGCUCAGACUGGUCUCCUGAACUGGAACAGAUUCUUCCCCACUCUGAGGCACAGAGGACAAAACCGGCCCCACGAGGGGCCACAGCAGCCCUCCUAUACGCAACCAACAGAGAACCCAGCAGUGACAGAGGAACAGGUUGCAAGAUUAAUGGAGAUGGGUUUCUCAAGGAUGGAUGCCCAAGAAGCACUCAGAGCAUCUAAUAAUGACAUUAACAUCGCAACAAACUUCUUGCUUCAGCACUAAGACAAAAUAAAUUGAAGAUGACAAUGAGGUCAA